GUGGCGCUGUUGCUAUGCCACAGCAUUGACUUAUGCUGGCUAGCAGUUCGGCUAACUGAUAGCUGGCUGUUCGAACUCCUCGGGCGCUCAGCGGAGUUCCGUCUCGGUGUCACCGACAGACAAACGCUUUGGUUCCCAGUUCCACUGUCUAUCCAUCCGGGAUGUCUCUCCUGGAGAAGUCCCCGACCCCCGGCAGGCUGUUGCUGGACGACACGUUGCCGCUGACAGCGUUGAUCGAAGCCAGUCAGAACCUUCAGUCCCACACGGAGUACAUCAUCAGAGUCCAGAGGGGCGUGUCUUCAGACAACAGCUGGCAGGUUAUUCGCCGCUACAGCGACUUCGACAUCCUGAACAGCAGCCUGAUGGUGUGUGGAAUCAGUCUGCCGCUCCCUCCAAAGAAACUGAUCGGAAACAUGGACAGAGAGUUUAUAGCAGAGAGGCAGAGGGGACUGCAGGCCUACCUGGACUCCAUUACCCAGCAUCCCCAGAUCUGCACUUCCCUGUUUGUCAAGAAGUUCCUCGACCCCAACAACUACUCAGCCAACUACACAGAAAUUGCUCUGCAGCAAGUCUCCAUGUUCUUCAGGUCAGACCCAAAGUGGGAGGUACAGGAGCCCCUCAAAGAUAUGGGAUGGAGAAUAAGGAAGAAAUAUUUUCUGAUCAAAAAUAAGGAGCAGCCUAAAGAGCGCUUCCUGCUGAGUUGGGUGGAUCUGGGUCCUGAUAAGUUCCUCUCAGACAAAGACCUGCAGUCGGCCCUGAAGCUGCUUUCCAACCCCUCUACGCCGUAUCUGAGUCCGCUGCUGUUCUCCAGCACCAGCGAGUCUUCAGCUCUGCUCAUCCGGCCCUUCAGUGAAAGAGGCUCCCUGAGGGACCAGAUCUGCAAGGUGAAACCCAGAGAGAGUCACCUGAAGAAGUACUGCAACCCCAAGAAGAGCCAGGGCCUGGAGCUGGAGCAGAUCCAGCUGUUCGGCCGUCAGAUCCUGGAGAGCUUGAAGCUUCUCCACGACAGCGGCCUGUUCUUCGGCCAUCUGCACGCCUCCAACAUCUUGGUGGACGACGGCGUGUGUCGGCUGGUGGAUGUGGAGAACGGCAUGCUGGGAGUUCCCUCUGUCCUGAGGCCGGCCUUCACGCAGCUGAGGAAGAUCAACACUACAGAAAGCAUCGACGUUUUCUGCUUCGGGCAUUUACUAUACGAGAUGACGUACGGCCAGCCGCCGGACAGCGUCCCAGUGGACCAGUUCCCGUCCGUCCCCCAUGCCGCCGUGGUGUCGGUUCUGCAGUCCAUCCUGUCCACAGACGCCUGCAAGAGCGGCAUGCCGACGGUGCCGGCGCUCAUCCAGACUCCGCUCUUCAGUGAUGUCAAGCUCAAACACUCAGAAAAACUACAGAUAAAGGUUCCCAGCCGCUUGAAGGAGGCGCUGAAGUCGGCAAAAGGGAGUUUGGAGAAGCGGCUGCAUGAAGAGCAGAGGAUGCUGCAUCAGCACCGGCGGCUGACCCGAGCUCAGUCUCACUACGGCUCCGAAGAGGAGAAGAAGAGGAGGAAGAUCCUGGCGAGAAAGAAAUCCAGACAGUCGACGUGUGAGAACGAAGAAGACGUCUCUGUCCGAAACAACAACAACUCUGGUUCAGGAGCCAGUUCACCUCCCACCUGUCCUUCUUCCCCCACCCCUCCUCCUGCUACAGGGUCGACUCCUCCUCCUCCUCCUCCUCCUCUUCCUCUGGCUCCGCCCCCACCCACAGCGCCCGGCUCUUCCUCCUCUCCUCCUCCUCCUCCGGGUCGGGCCGCGCUGCUCAGCUCCAUCCAGACCUUCAGCAAAGGCAAGCUGAAGAAGGCCGACACCGCCGACCGCAGCACGCCGCGGUUCUGACCCGAAGCGUUGCCGCGGCGACCAGCCGUCCGCACUGUGCUCGCUCCAUCCCAGAGAUGUGAAAACAAUCGGAGAGAAAAAGAAUCCAAGUUCCCUACAUCUCGUCCUGCUUCUGCUGCCUUUUAGCUGUUUUAGUCUGUCGCUGCGAGGAAACGGGUCAGAACUGCACAAUCUCCAGCAGCCGUCGAUCUCUGGCGUUUUUUUGUUUUUAAAAGAGCGAGACGUCUGGAUGUUGUUGGGACUUUUCUUUCAGCAAACCAGAGUCCAGUAGCGAUCAAAAAAACGUCCAGAAAUCUGCUGAUUCUUCAUUUCAAAUCAAUUUUAUUCCCUUUUUUUUUUUUUUUUUUGCACAUUAAGAAAAUCCGAAAGGGGUAAAUUCCUCCCUUUUUCUAUAAUUUACAACAAAAGGUCCAAUCUUAGAGUAUUGACUUAUUAAUGAAGUUGUGACAUGAGGAGAAAUAAAGUGAAUAUUUUAUGUGUUGAAUGUCCAAACUCAGACAGAUGGAUGUCUUCCAGCUGAUGCUGGACGAAACCGACGGAAACAAUCGACAGUAGACAGCAUUCUCCCUCCAUACAGCCGAUCUGCUCUGAAGUUAACCCUCAGCUGUGUCUGUCGGGCGUAGUUAACCCUCAGCUGCGUCUGUCAGGCGUAGUUAACCCUCAGCUGUGUCUGUCAGGCGUAGUUAACCCUCAGCUGCGUCUGUCAGGCGUAGUUAACCCUCAGCCGCGUCUGUCAGGCGUAGUUAACCCUCAGCCGCGUCUGUCAGGCGUAGUUAACCCUCAGCCGUGUCUGUCAGGCGUAGUUAACCCUCAGCCUUGUCUGUCAGGCGUAGUUAACCCUCAGCCUUGUCUGUCAGGCGUAGUUAACCCUCAGCUGU